UCAAAUGUUUCCACCCAGCAAAUUACUUCUAUUCUCAAACAGAGAAAUAUCAGUGCAGUUUAUUUAUUGAUCUGUAUGACAAGGGAUCAUGAAGACUAAUACUCUCAUUGCAUGCCUUGUCUUGGUAGUUCUAUGUUCGAGUCCUGGCAAUGGGCAGCUCAGCUCAACGUUUUACGAUAAGAUGUGUCCCAAAGCACUGUCGAUAGUCAAAGCUGCGGUGAAACAAGCAGUCGCCAAGGAAAACCGUAUGGGUGCAUCGCUACUCCGUCUUCACUUUCACGACUGUUUCGUUAACGGGUGUGAUGGGUCGAUUCUCUUGGACGACUCUGCAAACUUUACUGGAGAAAAAACUGCGGGUUCUAAUAACAAUUCUGUGAGGGGAUUCGACGUGAUAGACACCAUCAAGACUCAACUGGAAGCAGCUUGCAUCGGAAUUGUUUCUUGUGCCGACAUUUUAGCCACUGCUGCUCGUGAUUCAGUUGUUCAAUUGGGAGGGCCAACAUGGAGAGUACAGCUAGGGAGAAGAGAUUCGAGAAGUGCAAGCUUGAGCGGUGCAAACAGCCAAAUUCCUGCAUUUACAUCAAGCCUAAGCGCACUUACCUCAUCUUUUAGUAAUAAGGGUCUUUCUACAAACGAUAUGAUAGCCCUUUCAGGAGCUCAUACAAUUGGUCAAGGGCGGUGUACCACUUUCAGAACCCACGUCUACAAUGAAACGAAUAUAAACAGUGCCUUUGCUACUUCUGUGAAAGCUAAUUGCCCAAGCACCGGUGGUGACAACAACUUGUCGCCCUUAGAUGUUCAAAGUUCCACCGUCUUUGAUAACCAAUACUACAUAAAUCUUAAAAGCCAGAAAGGACUUCUUCACUCCAACCAGGAGCUAUUCAAUGGAGGCUCUGCUGAUUCUCAAGUGACUACCUAUUCUACCAAUCGAAAUACCUUCUUCACUGAUUUUGCAGCUGCCAUGGUGAAUAUGGGCAACAUAAGUCCUCUGACUGGUACCAACGCGGGAGAAGUCAGAAAGAACUGUAGAAAACCCAAUUAGGAACGGUUCCUACCAAAUUACUGUCCAAUAAAGUUAUGCACUGAAUGGGCCUCGCUAUAUAUGUUUGUAGAAGACUCCCUUCUGAUUGGGAAUUUACCACUCAUGCGAGGCGUAUGAGAAAAUAAUUAUGUACCGAAUUUAUUUGAAUAUUGUAGUUUUUCUCUUCUA